AAACUAAACCUCACUUCCUACUUCUUCUUCUUCUUCUUCUUCUCUCUCUCCAACUCAUAUACACACAGCCCUAUAAACUACACUUCCUUCCUCACUUCUCGGAUCCUGGUUCUGUCUGAAUCUGAGUCAACCCUUUUUCGAAAAUCUUUGGAGAUGGAUCCUCCGCUAGUGAACGAUUCAUCCUUCUCCCCAACGAAUCCUUCAUCUUACACUCUCUCCGAGAUUUGGCCCUUCCCCGUAAACGACGCCGUUCGCUCCGGUCUCCGUUUAGCUGUCAAUUCCACUCCCUCUGAUAAAUACGUCUCCAUGGCUGCUGCUGCUGCUGCUGCGGCGGCGGCGGCGGCGGAGGAAUCAACGGUCACGGACUUAACUGCAGGCUGGGGAGGAAGAAAGGCUCGAGCGUUGAACUACGAGGAGGACGAAUCUUCGAAGAUGGUUUCUUUAAGCAGCAGCGGUAAUGAAGUGCUUGGCGAAUAUGAUCCACAAAGACAAAGCUAGUCUUUUGAUUUGGCCUUUCAGGGAUCAUUGAUUAGUUUAUUGGCUAGAUGUCUUAUCCAUUGACUUUUUUUGGAUUGAGCUCGAGACUUUUAGUUUCAUAGAUGAAGUGUAUGGACUUAGGAUCUUAAUCUUUUCUAGUAUCUGUUUUGCUAUUGUACUAAAAUAUACUAAUUUUAUCUCUAAUAUAGUGUAUUUUUGUCCACUAAUAAUAUACUAGUGAAUUUUUGGAAAAUUGAAACCAUGCAGCAUGUAGAAAAUGAUUAGUGAAACUAAAAAAAUACAAAGAACGAAUGGAGCAAAAAAAAAGAGAAUAAAAGAUAACUAUAAGGUGAAGAAAAAUUAGUUUAAAGUAUAAACAAAACAAAAACAUGAUCAAAAUAACAAGUGGCAGGAUUUAUGUUUUGUUUAUAGCAAGUUUCGAACUCAUCUGGUUAGACGUAUGUUUUCAGUUAAGAAGCUAAGUCAAUGGACCAAAACAUAGUUUGGAUAUGUGGCCUCAAGGAAGGGAAGAGCCUGCGAGUCGGAUUU